AUGCAUCAGGAAGAGGAGGGAGGGGCCCCCCCUGCUGGGGGCCCUCUUGAAAGAGGAAAUGAUGAAGCUACUGCUGAUCCUUUAUUGGAUUCUGUGCAGGCUGCUGGGAGCUUAGCCCCUCGCGGUGUACAAAUAGAAUGCAGAGUUUCUUCUCCUUUAGAUUUAAAUCGGCAAGUAGUACGGAGUGAACACUGCACGAUAUCGAUCCCAGAGCUGGAGUUGGAGAUCCCCGCCUCCCGGGAUCGUGCGGAGUUGAAUACAAUUGAGGGGUUUGUGGGGUCAUUUGCAGACAAUUUAAAAUGUGCUGCUGUUUACCAAGCUCAAAUAAACGAGCAAGAGAAGGCACAACGUCUUUUGGCUAUUGUUCAGAAACUAAGAGAAAUGCAAGAAGGAAGACGCCCCUUUGUUUUAUCUCUGUAUGAUCCCAGCGGUAAUAGCUAUAUAGAGAGCAUUCAGUUUGCUGCAGACAAACAUAAAGAAUGCAGCAGCUCUAAAAGAUUAGACGAGGAGACCAGCAUAGACACCAACAACAACAACCCCACCACCAACGCCAACACCACCGCCCCCACUAGCAGCAGCAACAGCAACAGCAGCAGCAGCAGCAGCAGCAGCUCGGAUGCAAGCACCAGCAUACGGCAGACAGAAGAAGAAAAGGCAGACGCCUCGUCUUCUUCAGAGCAAGAAAAAGGAGAGCAGCAGCAAACGCAGAGAGAGACAGACACAGCACUCACCAUCAAACACUUUGAACGAAGCAAAGAACAGCUGCAUGCAAUGGGAUACUUCGAGACACAGGAAGAAAAUGAUAUAUCCCAAACAGCAGCGGAGGCUCCCUCCGGAGGAGCAGCAGAUGCAGCAGAUGCAGCUGCAGAUGCAGCAGCAGAUGCAGCAGCAGAUGCAGCAGCAGAUGCAGCAGAUGCGGAGGCGGCUUUAAAAGAAGAGGCGCUACUGCUGCCAGUAGAAUGUUUCCGCGAGUGUUUGAUAUUUGCAUUUAGCUGUCCCCGCUGCGGAGCGAAGAACUCUGAGAUAAAAGCAGCAGGGGCGUAUGGAGAGGCGGGGCGUCGAUGGAUUAUUGAGGUAGCAAGCAACGAGGACCUGAAUAGAGAUGUUUUAAAAGGAGACACUGCAAGUGUAGAGAUACCCUCGCUGGACUUCUCAAUGGAGGGCGGAGCGGAGGCAGGGACUCUAACGACUGUUGAAGGACUGCUGAAGUCGCUUGCAGAUGGCCUCUCCGAAAGCGUGCCUUUUGCAAGUGGAGACUCAGCAGCAGAGGCAUCGAAGAAGAGAAUGAGUUUUGUUUGUGAGCAGCUACGGCGCAUGCAAGAGGGCGAUCCUGCUGUAAUGCCUUUCAAGCUCAUUAUAAACGACCCAGCAGAUAUGUCCUUUGUGGCGCUAAGAAAAGAAAAAGACGAAAAAGACAAACUCUCCGCAACUCCAUUGCAAGUCGAUGCCUCUACCCAUGUGGAUGGCGAUGCUGCUAAAGCCCUUGCAGCAGCAGCAGCAGCAGCAGCAAAAGCACCAGGAGCAGCACUAAAUGAAGAAGAACUGACGAAUAGACUGAAAGAUGCCGCCCCUGGAGAUGUUCUGUGGAGCUCUAAGCUGGAUGAGACGCUGACUGUGGAAGCAUACAAACGAACAACCGAGCAAGAAGACGCUCUGGGGCUGCUGGAUAUGAAGACUUAA